UUAUGGCAAUUCUGAAGACGUUGUAAUCAACAAUAAUGACUUUGAAAAUAGUAAUGAAAGUGAUAACAACUUUGAAGACAGUAAUAAAGAUAAUAAUGUAUCAAUUAUUAAUGACAGCUCUGGAGAUAGUAAUGAAGACAAAUAUGAUAAUCUUGAAAACAUAUUAAUUAGCAGUAAUAAUCCUGAAGAUAGUAUUGAAGACAAUAAUUGUAAAGACAGUAACAAGAAUUUUGAAGACACUUUAAUA